AUGGGAGCAGUGCAACGUGGGGAUCUACACGGUGAAGAUACGGCAGGAGGAGACGACCAGUACCUGGUGUGGCUAGAAGGUAUUGUGGAGUCAGUGUACUUGUUUUAUAUAGAAUUUAUUUUAUCAUUAAUCAGAAGUUUAUUAUUAAUUGUUUGUGUCUUAGUAAGUGUAGCUUUUUUAACUUUAUUAGAACGUAAAGUUUAUUAUUUUUUUGUUUGAAUAUGUAUGCCGUUUUUUGUAAAAUUAUACUCAUUUAAUUUAGGGGGGUUGUUUUUUUUAUGUUGUACAAGUUUAGGAUUAAUUUUGCUAUUAGGAGGUUUACGAGCUGUAGCUCAAACUAUUUCUUAUGAAGUAAGAUUAGCUUUAAUUAUAUUAUCUUUUAUUUUUUUAAUUGGUAGAUAUAAUAUAAUUUAUUUUUUUUAUUAUCAAAUUUAUAUAUGAUUUUUAAUUAUUUUAUUUCCUAUAGGGUUGGUUUGAUUAACAAUUUCGUUAGCUGAAACUAAUCGAACACCUUUUGAUUUUGCUGAAGGAGAAUCAGAAUUGGUUUCUGGAUUUAAUGUAGAAUAUAGAAGAGGAGGAUUUGCUUUAAUUUUUAUAGCAGAAUACGCUAGAAUUUUAUUUAUAAGAAUGUUAUUUUGUGUAAUUUUUUUAGGAUGUGAUGUAUUUAAUUUAAUAUUUUAUGUAAAAUUAACUUUUAUUUCAUUUUUAUUUAUUUGAGCUCGGGGAACUUUGCCUCGAUUUCGUUAUGAUAAAUUAAUAUAUUUAGCUUGAAAAUGUUUUUUAUCAUUUUCUUUAAAUUAUUUAUUAUUUUUUAUUGGGUUUAAAAUUUUGUUGUUUUCU